UGACAAGACCGAGCGGUGGGGUUAAUCUGAUCGCGGUGAAGAUGUCCCAGAUAUCAGUACGAAUGGAUCUUAAGCAACUCAGAAGCAAUGUUUUCCUCACAUUUUCCGGAUCCGGAUGGAGCCAUUAACAUGGCAGAGCAAAAGCUAGGCUUUGUGGACGAGGAUCCCGACAUGGUCAACAUUCAGCUCAGUGCCAAGAUCAAGGAGUGUGGAGCUGGAAUCUGCACCCUUGACUUCCUCAAGAAGAAGGUCCCCAGUAUCAAGUGGAUACCAAAAUACAGUGUUCGUGAUCUGCAGUGCGAUUUGAUUGCUGGUCUCACAGUGGGUCUGACUGUCAUUCCUCAGGGUCUUGCCUAUGCCAAACUUGCCGGUCUACCUCCUCAGUAUGGCCUGUACUCGUCCUUCAUGGGGUGCUUCAUCUACUGCUUACUGGGAACAUCCAAGGAUAUCACCCUUGGGCCCACUGCCAUCAUGUCUCUCAUGACCGGGGCCUUUGCCACAUCUCCAAUACAAAAUGAUGGCACCUACGCCAUUGUGCUCAGUCUCAUGUGUGGAGUGGUACAGUUCGUAAUGGGAAUUUGCAAUUUAGGAAUCCUUGUGAAUUUUAUAUCCUAUCCAGUCAUCAACUCAUUCACAUCAGCUGCGGCCAUCACUAUAGCAUUUGGUCAGGUCAAGAGUCUGCUGGGUCUACAUAAUAUACCAAGAUCGUUUGGUCCUAUGGUGUACGAGACAUUUAGAAAUAUAGGAGAAACAAAUCCGUGGGACCUGUUACUGGGAUUUUGUUGUCUGGUACUAUUAUUCUUUUUAAAAAAAUUACGGACUUUGAAAUGGGGAGACGAGGGAGAGGAGAAUAUCCCCAAGGUGCAGACGGUGGCCAGGAAGUUUAUAUGGCUUGUCGGGACGGGAGCCAAUGCUAUCAUAGUGAUAUCUGCAGCCGGUAUUGCAGCGUCUCUUCUCAGUCAAAACAUCACUGGAAAACUGACAAUCACCGGCCACUUAAAGGAGGGGUUACCUCCCUUUAAACCGCCAUCCUUCUCCGUCAGUAAUGGCACUCAUACAUACACAGCUAGUGACAUCUUUAGUUCUAUAGGUGCUGGCUUUGGUAUUGUCCCUUUAAUUGGUUUGGUGGAGACAAUCGCCAUCGGAAAGGCUUUCGCCCGACAGAAUAACUAUCGCAUUGACCCCAGCCAGGAACUUGUUGCUAUUGGGGUGGCAAAUAUCGUCAGCUCAUUUGUGUCGUCCUACCCUGUGACAGGCAGCUUCUCCAGAACUGCUGUCAACUCGCAGAGUGGUGUGAGAACCCCAGCCAAUGGCAUAUUCACAGGUGCUCUCAUCCUUCUGGCGCUGGACCUCCUGACCCCCCUCUUCUACUACAUCCCCAGCGCGCUCGCUGCCGUCAUCAUCUCCGCUGUGCUUCAGAUGGUGGACUACAAGAUAGUCCUCAUCCUCUGGAGAGCCAACAAGUGGGAUCUUGUGCCUUACACCAUCACCUUCAUUGCAUCUCUGGCUAUAGGGAUAGAGUAUGGCAUUCUGGUCGGUAUAGGCAUCUCAAUCUUGAUGCUCCUGUAUCCAACAUCCAGGCCCAAACUCAAGUCCCUCUCCCGUCCGGGUAUUCUGGUAGUCCGACCUGACCAGGGACUGCUGUUCCCGGCUGCUGAGUACUUCCAUGAGACAGUCCUGGAGAAGGCCACCAGUGAUGGUCGUCAGAGGUCUGUGAUCCUAGAUUUCCAGCAUAUCAGUGGUAUUGACUACAGCACAGUCAUGGGCCUGAUGCAGCUCUUGGCUGAGAUGAAGAGGAGAGGACUGGGUGUCAUCCUGGUGAAUGUGGCACCUACAGUGAUGUACAGCCUACAGAAGGCCGAGCUCCCCGGACUUGUGAUCUCCAACUCUGUGGAGGAGGCGUGCGAGGAGCUGCAUGUUCAGGAGGACAGAGUGUUGGAUGUUGAUGUCGAUGUCGAUGAGACUAAACCACUUAUCAGCAAGAGAACUUAGUGAGGGUACAGAACAAUGCAGGCGGGUGCUUGCUGGGACGGAACAUUGUGUACAGGUGCAUGCUGGGACGGAACAUGUGUGCAGGUGCAAGCUGGGACGGAACAUUGUGUACAGGUGCAUGCUGGGAUGGAACAUUGUGUGGAGGUGCAUGCUGGGAUGGAACAUUGUGUACAGGUGCAUGCUGGGAUGGAACAUUGUGUGGAGGUGCAUGCUGGGAUGGAACAUUGUGUGCUGGUACUGGUGCUGGGCUGGUCAAUGCAGGCAGGUGCUUGCUGUGACAGAAGAUUGUGUGGAGGUGCUUGUUCGGACAGAACAUCGUGUGCAUGUGCCUGCUGGGGCUGUUCAAAGCAGGCGUGUGCUUGCUGGAACAGAACUAUACAUGCAAAUGCUUGGUUGAUCAAGGCAGACAAGUGCAUGCUGGGAUGGAACAUUAUAUGCAGGUGCUUGCUACGGAUGAUCAAGGCAGGUGCUUGCUAUGGAUGAUCAAGGCAGGUGCUUGCUAUGGAUGAUCAAGGCAGGUGCUUGCUAUGGAUGAUCAAGGCAGGUGCUUGCUAUGGAUGAUCAAGGCAGGUGCUUGCUAUGGAUGAUCAAGGCAGGUGCUUGUUGGACAGAACAUUAUAUGCAGGUACCUGCUGUGGAUGAUCAAAGCAGGCAGGUGCUUGAUUGAGAACACAUCUUAUUGCAGGCAUAUUGCAAACAAGUGCUUCCUAAAGAGAGAACAUUGUACCGGUAUGUGUAGACUUGUUAGGGAAAAAUACAUUGCAUACUGGCUCUUCUGUAAUAUGUUUCAGGGAGACACAAUUUGUUUAAUUGCAGGCAGAUAUUUGUUGGUGCCUGUUAUCAGUGGGUAAAAUCAAUAUCGUUUUGCUUGAUUUACAACAUGUGAAUGAAUAACUAUUUAUGCGGUUUAUACAGAACUCAGUAAUGCAAUGAUCAAGAACUGCCAGCUGCUAUAUAACAUCACUGUCAUUGUAUAUCCUUCAUCAUGUGUAAUGGCAGGCACAUUUGCUUCCUGUAUGGGACAGAUUUAUAAGAAAUAAUGUCCUAGGACUCAAGAGCAGGCAGCAUCUUCAGCUGAAGACAUCACACAAUAUGAAAUACACAAUAGCAGUGCAGUGGUCAGUGUUUUGGUCAUUAUACAGAGCUGUGUCAAAGACAAGCAAGGGCUUGGGCUACUGAUAGUGUGUCCUGACUAUAGGGGCUGUUAUUCAAAAUAUAUAUGGCCCUUGCAAUGAACUUCCUUUCUGCUGUGUCAGCAGUUUUCCUAUCUGUGAUGGUAGAUGAAGUUUUGUUGUCACUUGUAUAAGAAGCUGAUUGUGAUCAUUUGCAAAUUUACUUUCGUCAUAUAUAUUUUUUGUAACAAUGCUUAUUUUUAUAUUGAAUGGCAUUUGGUAUUGUACAUAAAAUUAAUGUUAUUAUAAGAUCAGGUAUGAUCUUUUAAA